UUGCAAUUGUUAUGGUCUUGUUUUCCAUAGAAAUGGUGGUUGUUGAAGCUGCCAAAGAGGGAUCGUUUAAGUCAAAAACCCGAAAGUUUACCUUUUCUGAGAUUGUGAGCAUUAAUGGCGACUUUGAAACAGUUAUAGGAAGAGGAGGAUCUGGAAAAGUUUAUCAUGGCCACUUGAAAGAUGGCACUCAAGUUGCUGUGAAAUUGCUCUCUCCAUCAUCAACUCAGACAAAGGAAUUUCACGCUGAGGUACAACUCUUGAUGAGAAUUCAUCAUAGAAACUUAGCUACACUUCUAGGGUAUUGUUAUGAAGGUAAAAAUAUGGCACUCAUCUCUGAAUACAUGGCUAAUGGAAAUGUGCAGCAGCAUCUAUCAGAGAAAACAGCAAAUGUUUUGAGUUGGAAAGAAAGAGUUCAAAUUGCGGUGGAUGCUGCACAAGGUGUUUUGACCUGCAGAUAUUACUCAACCUUCAAGUUAAAUGAGAAGAGUGACGUUUACAGAUUUGGGAUUGUACUUUUGGAGCUAAUUACUGGCCAACCUGCCAUAACGAAAGAAACCAAAGUCAUUCACUUAGUUGAUCGAGUUAACAACAUUGUGGAUCCAAGGUUGCGAGAUUUCAACAUCAACUCUGCCUGGAAAAUUUUAGAGACUGCCAUGGCAUGUGUACCAACAACCGCCACCCAAAGGCUGAACAUGAGUCACGUACUGAUGGAAUUAAAAGGGGGGUUGGCAAUGGAGAUGACUCAGGGAAGAAGUUUGAGGAUGGAGAGCAAUGAUAUGGGAGCUGGGCGAUCACUCGAAUUGUCUCCCAUAGAUCUUGAAAUCAGCAUGGCUCCCAAAUCUAGGUAG